CGUCCUGACUACCACCGAGUAUCAACAAGCUUUCAGUAUCCAACCAUGCGUAUCCAAAUCGAAAUUCCUCCAUCCCUCAUCAAACGCCCUGCUCCGCCAGCCUCGGCUCCCCCGCUCGUCCAGAUCGGGGGAGAGAUGGUCAUCAUGGAACUCCAAGGCGACCUGACGUUUGAAGGAGAACCGGGAGGGAAAGUCAUCGGUCUGUUGGGGCUGGAGAGGAUGGAUAAACCGACGUUGCAUCUUGGGAAACAUCAUCUGCUACACGGCAAAAUCGUCAACCUGCCCCGCCCGCUUGCCAUCAUCCGUCGAGCAGAUUCUAGGGACUGUGAAGCUGGCUCGUCCAAGUCACGCGUAGUGGGCGGAGUCGAUGAUGAGAAUAGAGAGACAUUUGGAGAGCAAGAGGACGACGCACCAGAGCUGGAGAUGGAAACGCAACCGGGUCCCUCAACCAAAAGACCACGCCUGAACCCCAAAUCUCGACAUUCCACGACGACGGCCAAUGCUACAUCCGCUCACUCAGCAGGAAUGACGAGCAAUUUAUCGACUUCCCUCGACCCAUUCGUCACGUCAACAGAUCCAACCUCUUUCCCAUCCUACCCCCGAGCAGGAGAAUCCUCCCCGCCCAUCUCACCUCCGUCAAGACAGAACAAGAACAGGGAUUAUUCUUCAGACCUCUCUUCGCCUGUUAGACCGUUUGUCGGGCGAGCUAGGCGACGGAAAGGAGAUGGAGGUGCUAUUGCGGGGUUGGGGACGGUCGAGGAGAGGGAACCUGUUGAGCCUGGAGAGAUUGACGUCGAUAUCGAUACACGGGCUGAGGUGGGGAACGGAACGGAUGUAGAUGUGGAUAUGGACAAGAUAUCCGGAGAUCGGACGAACAAGGACGAACGGGACAGCUUGAGGGAGAUGAGUAGUAGUCGAACGAGGGAGUACAAGGUCGUCGGUGUCGUCCGGAAAAAGGUCGUCUUCGCCCUCCGUCCGGAACCGAUCGUCACGGCUACGGUCUUGCCAGAAUAGGCUUACAGGUGGGCGCGAAUACAACACGUCUGCUUUUGAAAGGCCGAAGCACUAGUAGGGAAGACGCUACACGACAUUGCACUGCUCGUACAAGACAACGACUCCCAUGAGAUUUCAGGGCGGAUGCAGCCGUCUUGCCGGAUCCCCCUGUAUUCACGACGAAAGAUUAACGAUCAUAUUAUAUACCCCGGAUUUCGGAAUAUCACGGUUUCCUGGGGUCCCUCACACCAGCCAGUCCUGUUGAGGUCAUUUCUCC